AUGACUUUCGGUUCGUCUGAACUUGACACAUACCCUACAGAUCUUGACCUAAUUCUGGAAUCAUAUCAAGACCGCCGACCGAUCGUUAUAUCUGGCCCAUCAGGUGUUGGAAAAGGAACACUGAUUGGAAGGCUCCUGGAGCGUUAUUCCGACACAUUGGCCACCACCGUCUCGCAUACCACACGCCAGCCGAGACCCGGUGAAGUAAAUCACGAAGCAUAUCACUUCAUCUGCACACAAGAGUUCGAGUCUCUCAUUGAAAAUAAUGCCUUUGUGGAAUAUACAUUUUUCUCCGGUAAUUACUACGGAACCAGCCGACAAACGAUCAAGGACCAACAGGCCAAAGGGAAAAUACCCAUUCUGGAAAUCGAGAUGAGCGGGAUUACACAAAUCAAGAAGAACAAAGCUCUGGACAUGAGAUUUGUUUUCAUUUCUCCACCGAGCCUUCAAGCUCUUGAGGAACGGCUGCACAAACGCGGUACGGAAUCGGCAAAGAGCAUCGAGCGGAGGUUGGAACAGGCCAAAGUUGAGAUGGAGCAAGCCAAGAUCCCCGGUUUUCAUGAUAUCAUUAUUGUGAAUAAAAAUCUUGAGGAGGCCUAUAUAGAACUUGAGGAAUGGGUUUCUGGAGGUGCAGAGUCGGCGCUGGCUACAUGUUAA